AUGACUGAUUAUACCAACUUACGCAAAAUUGUAACUGGCGAUAUCAUAGUAAAAUGUCGAUAUGGUGCCGAUAUUCGUCGCAUACCUAUCAACCAAACACCAACUUACGAUGAAUUGUGCAUAAUGAUGAACCGUGUUUUCAAGGGUAAAAUUAAGCCAUCUGAUGAUAUAGUUCUCAAGUACACGGAUGAUGAGGGAGAUCUGAUAAACUUGUCAGAUGAUGCCGAUAUCACACACGCAAUCUCCAUAAGUAAUUUACUCAAAGUAACUGUCUAUGACAAAUCGACCAUUGAUCAGCAAGAUGAAGCUCCCCUGGGCAUCGAAGAUUCGUUGAAGGAAGUCCAAAAGACGUUGAAUAAAAUUUUAAAACAUUUCAAUGAUAGUAAGGAGACGCAACAAGAUGUACAACAAACUCUUGAGAAAACGCCAUCGUCUGUAAACCGAGAAGAAACAAAGAAAUCACGCUCAUUGACUGCUGCCGAACUAGCAUCAUUCGACACAUCCGUAUCAAAGAAUGCCGAGAAGACAACAGAAAACUCUUCUGUUAAAGAUUUAGCAACUUUAUCACCAGAACCAUCUGUAAAUUCAACUCCAUCUCAAGCAGCCUCGAAGCAAAAAGAACUCCUCCACGGCCAGCCACAAAUUGUGUCGCAGGCACAGAUGACUCAACCAUUACCUCAACAGCUGUCGCAGCCUUUCGCCCACAACGUUCAACAGGCAAGUCAAUCACAACAAUUUAGGCAGGCUCAGCCACUUCAACAAAACUACCAACAACAGCAACCUGCUUCGCAACAGUCAUCUUCCACAGCACAGAACCAAUAUUUACAGUCUCAACAGCAACCUCCUUCCCAUCCUCAUUUCCGUCCACAAGCGCCGCUUGUGCAUUAUACAGGAUCAAUGCCACCACCGCAACAGAGAUUACCGUACCUAAACCCUCCUAACAAUAACCGACCACCACUUCCUAAAGUAACUCAUCCGUCUCAACAAAAUGCAACCAAUAGUAUAGCUGGUAACCCACAGUUGCCACCACAGCCGUACCGUUCUGGAGCGACCUGGUAG